AUGGAUGGACCUCCUCCUCCUCCUCCUCCUCCUCCUCCUCAGCUGCUGUCCUCUCUCAUGAAGGUGUGAACUCCUGUGAAAACACAGGAGGCAGACACAAAGACAACAGACAGUGAGGGCCGGUCGUAAAGAGUUUGGUUUGGAGAUCCAUGCUGAGUGGACGCCCGCUGUUACUCUGAAUACCUGAGUGGUAAAUCUAUUUUCCUCCUCUGAUUUCAACUCAAACCUUUUUCCAAAACUCAGUUAAUGUACUUUGAUUCUUGGGCCUGAUCUCCCAGUGUCUGCGUGUGUUUCUCUGGAAUUUUGAGGCAUAUUUUAAGAUGUUUUCUGGACCACAGUUACAGCUGGUUGGCUGUAGUUGAAAACAGAUAUAAUGUGUGGUUAGUAGUGUGCUUAAAUUGUUGUGAAUGUUGAUGUUGAUGGAUUGCCAUUCACUCAAAAACCCUGUAAGCAAUUUAGAUGAAAGUAGGUGACAGAGACUAUAAGGCCGGGAUGACGGUUCAGUUACAUUGACACCUCAUCUCCAGUAUUCAGACUUUAAAAUCCACUCAGUUCGGUAGACCAGCAACUUUCCGACAGUCCAUGCUGAGUGUUUCUGUGAUGUCCAGGAGCUUUUCCAUCCCACAGAGAAGAUCAGUGUGUUUUCAGAGACCGUUCAGAUCCAGUUCCUCAAAAAUAAAGGUCAUCUGUGGCAGCGAAUUUGUUUUGGUAAAAAAGUACGAUACACUUUAUUGUCCCCUCAGGGAAAUAUGUCUUGGACUCUAAGAGCUGAACAGAUAAAGUUGCCAACUGAUAUCACAAAGUACUAGACCUAACAAAGACACAGUCACACAACCCACGCACAUGCCUAUAUUGCACAAGUGUCACCUCUGUUGUGAACUUUGGUGCCAGUGGAAGGCUGCCAUCUUUGUUUUGGUCACUCAAACAGUCAGAUGUUAAAUCUACAAUCAGCUGACCUUUAAAAGCUCGAUCAAAAGCCAGAAAACUUUGUGUUGUUGACACAGAAGGCUUGUAUUAGCCGCUUUUACCACACUUCAAAUCUACAUUAUUGAUAAAGAAUUGGAUUGAUAAGCAGGAUUGAUGGUGGCGAUUAAUCUGCCGACUGAACAGACCGGUUAGAAGAAGCUGAAGUUAAACUCUGAAAAUAUGAGCUGCAGUAUUUUUUUUCCAGCUCUGCAGAAAGUCACACAAAAAAAAACUUAAGCAUGUUUUGCAUGUUAACAGAGUUUCAAAAGUUUCAGUGUUUUGCCUAAACCUGUUUGCUAUUUAAAAUCAUUGUAUUAUUAUCAGUUCAUGACAGCUUUUAGAGGGACGUGAUGCUCUCAGCAGCAAGUGGGAACAGUGUGUGCAAACAUAUACAUAAGAAUCAGAGAACACAAAUGAUAUAAAUCCAGCAUAACUGCAAAAAUCUGAGCAUGCACUCUGCAUAAAAACUUUGCAGAAUACUAAAUCAGAAUCCUUUCUCUCUAAAUCAUUUGUAGGCUGUGCAGACUCUGGUGUGUUUGUGUUGAUGUACAGUAUGAAUGAGUGUGGAUCUGUCCGGACACAUUCCUCUUAUCAGUUGAAACAUAACAGCCUGGCACUCGCUCUCAUCUCACAUCUCACGUUUUCCCCCCCGAGCUCCAACUGUUGCCGCUCGCUCUGAUCACUUUACCGCAUCGACGAUAAUCUCGCCCUAUAUCUGCGCAGCUCUCAUUCCAGCGCGUCAUUCAAAGAGCCAGAUCCAAUCUGACAGAUGAAUCUUGGAUCCAGUGUGACUUGAAAACAAGCUGCGGCAGGUAACAGCAGACAGGAACAGAGGUGAAAACAACAAAGGGAACAAAGCAAAGUCAUUAUGAGAGGAGGAAAUGUAGGAAUGAAGAAAUAACUGGAGCAGAUGUAAAACAACACCAGAGGAGAAUCAGGUUCACACAGGACUCAGGUUACCUCCUGCUGGACCUCCGGACUAAAAUAAUAAUUAAGAAAACAGAGGUGGUCUGUGUUCCUGUGUGUAAUCUAAAAGGUAAAAUUCUUUUGUUAAUGAAAGUCACAAUUCACCCGAGGUCAUAUAGUUAUAUUAGUCUAAUGUGAAGCAGCUUCUUACAGAGGAAAUAUGACCACAGAUGGAUUUGACCAUCAUCAGAUCAGAUUGUUCAGUGGUGGAGUUGGAUAUGUGUAGGAGGAACUGGUCUUUUGUUUUCUAAUGUUAGAGACGAUCACCGUCUACGUUAGAUGAACUUGUGGACAGUCUACCCAACCCUGCAGUGGGUAGAAACAACAUUAUACUCCCACACGCAAGUCGGGCGAGUCAGUGACUAAAAUAACGAAGAAACAACAGGAAGAGGUGUGGAGGAACACCGGUGUGUGUAUUCAGAGAGGAGAGGUGAGGCUGUGUGUGAGUGUGUGUUACCGUCUAAUGACCAAAAACAAAAGCCAUUAACUCCAUUCUUUUACCGCUUACUCUCUUUAUUCACAUGCAGGCUAACACUGAUGCUCUUAAAGUGCCUUUUGUCCAAUAUAGUUAUAAUCAAAAUGUUUGUCUGCUGCAGACAGACUGAGAGCAGAGGAGAGAGAUCAGUGCCACGGGGUUCCCAUAACAACACAGAGACUGAUAACAUCAAGAGAAUCUAGAAGAUAGGGCUGGGUGAUGAACCAAAAAUUUACCAACACUGAAAUUUACGACAAUAACCGAAGUCAUUUUGCCCUUAUCGGUACAUUCGGUGUCAACAUAAAUAGAGAUGUGACUCCACCCCAUCCAGACAGGUGAGGAGAUGGAGGACGGUUCAAAAGUUGGAGCGGCUGAAGUAGACAAAGUUAAUGUGGGAGGGGGUGAGCAGCUUGUGGAGGAGUUAUUGUCCAUUUAUCCUUAUUGAGGUUAACUGAUCAAUAUAUUGUGAUGUUGAUUUGAGGACAUAUCGCCCAGCCCUACAUGUUGUUGUAAUGAAACAGGUAUCGGUAUCACUGGAGUCCUACUGUCCUAAUGAAGUUUAAAAUCUGGGAUUGUGACAGCUCGACUCAGAUCUGUAGUUUUGAGGUUAGUCCAGUUUCAGAAUGACAUACUCCCGGAUUCUGUGUUUCAGAGUCCGUACCUUAGUUCAGUAUCACUCUCCACAGGAGGUGAAGGUUGUAGAAAUCUAAUAGUUUAACACCUGUCUUCCAGAAAAAGAUGUAAAUUGAUCUCUUUAGGGAAUUCAAACCGAGCCCUCUUCAGAUCAAGUCGAGUCAUGCCGUAAACGUUUUGAUUAUUUUAAGUCUUGGCAGAAAAAAAUGAUUUCUGCUUCACUUUGAAGGGACUGUGACAUUCAGGUCUGAACAUCACACGUGUGUGAGGUUCAUUAAAAAACGCUUUAAGGGGUUCUCAACCUUCUCUUAUUCUGACAUGUAGGUGUGGAGUGUGAGAAACUUCUGCAUUUCUCUCUGAUAUCAUGUGUCUGUGGUUCGGAGAAGCAAAAAUCUGAUUUGUUGUUUAAGCGAGAAUCAGAAACAGCGUUGGCUCUGGUUGUUACAUAAGUUAGUCUUACCUGGUUAAAAAGGAAGUACAGCAGAUUUGAGUGACAGUCAUUACAAGAGCAGAGUCUGUCAGAACAGCCAGCUGAAGAAGAACUUUAUUGAUCCCUGAAGGUAAAUUCAAUAAUCUAUAAUAAUAUAUCAGAUAUCUCAGAGUCCAGAUUCAGCAGGUUGUGUUGAAAUGUGUGGGGUUGUCGUUGUGGGUUUGUGUCUUGACUGCUCCUAACAACCUCCACCCCAAACGACAGCUGGCCCAGUCUGUCACUGUGUUCAUUGGUGGGGGGGGGUCAAAGGUCAAGUCUCUUGUGGGUCCCUUGCAUUUAGAGCUCCUCCCUCCCAGUGCCGUGUCACCAUGAUUGGUUCCUAAAACAGGUCAUGAACUCUGCUUUUAGGAGACCGUGACCCCACUUGUGCUCCGGUUGUUCGAGUUAAACACGUUCAAUCACAUAUUAACCACAUGUUUCUAUUAAUGUUGGACCUCACUGGGUAUAUCUGUAGGUUCAGAUCAGGAUCCGGGCUCUUGACAGUGACCCUGUUAUUUGCUGCACCCUGGUCCUCCACACCCAGCAGGAGCAGGAACUGGUUUUUCCAUCAGCAGUCAGCUGAGCAGUCGUGCAGAUGAAUCAUAGCCCUCCAGGGAGAGCGAGCCUGCCACUGACUAUUCAUUAGAACCAGAAGAACCUGAGAGAUUGGAUUAGUUUAUCCUACAGGCUCCAUCUGGAUGAUUAAACAACAGCCUGUUGUCUGUGAUCAGAAACCCUGGAAGUCCGGAACACGUGACACGGUUUAGGGUCCCUGAAUUUAAGUCACGGGACGAGAUUUCUGUUCGAACACAAGAUUGAACUUUACAUUUGUGUGAUUGGUGGGCUAGAAUAUUACCCAUGAGCCUUAGAGGGUGACGCUUUAGUGAGGGAACCAAUAAGAACUUUGCUGCUGUUAUUUUCUUCAUCUUAAACUGACUCUAAUCUGACUGAGCUGGUCUAAAGAGAUUCAUCUGUAAAGGUUGACGCUGCUAACAUGUGAAAUGCACACUGGGAGUUGUAGUUCACUGCACCAGCCUUAUGUUAACGAGAUUUUGACUCCUCCAUUUUCUUAAAAGAAAAGUCCUGGAUAUCAUUUCCACAGAAAACGGCAACCAAAGAGUUGUUUACUCCAGGUAACCAUGGCAACCAGGGGUGCAGCCGUCUAAAAUAUUCCCGCUAACGUACAAUUCUUGUUAUUGAAGUCUUGGUUUGGUACAUUUUGGGUAAGGAGAAGAAAUUAUUUUAGUUUUGGGGAUUUUUGUGUCUCUAUUAAAGAAGACAGGAAUGUGAAUAGAGCAGGAAAUGGGGAGAAAGAGCAGGAGGAGACAUAAAAGAAAGGCUGGAAUCAAACCUGGGGGUCUGCUUGAAGCAUCACCUCAGAAUAUGGGACACCUUUAAACUGAUAGACAAGUGUCAAACCUGUGAACAUGAGUGAGGCACCUAUAAACCAGGCUCUACGCUCUCUGAAACUUCUCUUUACAACCAUAAUGCAGGGUUCAAAAUGAGCUGCUCCUGAAGUGUCAAAUGUCUGCAGAUUUUCCUUUUUUCAUGCAAGUCUGUUUGUCACAUAACAGGUCAAUAUUUAUACCAAAGUAGUCACCCUGUUGGAAAUAACCAUGUUGAGUUUCGCUGCUUUAUGGUGUCGCUGCAGCUCCUCUGCUGUCUGCAUGUCGGAGCUUUAAGGGAAUGAUUAACACAUGCAAACGUCAGCUAAUCAGACUUCCAUGUGUUCUUCAUGUGGAUCUGAAUUAGCUGUACCAAACCAGUCUGGUAUGAACACAUGAACCCGUUUACAGCCGUCAUAUUUACAGAUGUUCAGGUGUCCAUCAGAAGCUGAUCAUUCCUGGCUUUGUUUAGUUCACGUGGAUCAGGUCUGUCUGGUCUCUCCUGUCCCGGCUCAUAAUACUAAUGAUCAGUGAAUGAGUCAAUAAUCAUUAUUACUGUACAUGAUUGUUUGGUGACAUUUCACUACAGCUCCACAACAAGCUGGACGGACUUCUUCUUGUUUCUGUGGAGCUGUGUUUGGAUUAAAGGUUGGCCUUUUUUUCCUGAUAUCCAUGGAUCUUUAUGUAUUUUUGGCGUUGGGAUAAAGGAGGUCAUAUAAAACCUGCCGUUAACCGCUCGUCUGGAUGCGUUUUGAAAUCAUGUUCAGGUCCACGCCACCUUCCAGAGUCGCACUCUGCUCGGUUGGUUUCAUCACCCUCUGCCUUCAGCGACGGUUUCUGGAUGAACUUCUACUUGGAGCAGCCUCAGGCUGAACCCUGCCCUGUCUGCUGAACUGUUAGCUUGAUUUGGUGCCAGGAUUUCUCAGAUUGGAUAUCAGCGACACUGACUUCAUUUCCACUGUGGGACGACUGCCUAUCAGUUUUGGUGAGUGACAGUUUCACUCCAUUUAGAAAGUCGAGUUUAGUUUGCUGAUACGAACCUUCAACAAAGAGAUUUAGCUGUGAUGAAACGUUCAGAUUUACGGAUUCAGGAAAAAACAAUCAAACAGCCAUGACAGUGGAGUUUGGAUUCACACUGUCUGAUAAUCUCUGUGCGGGUCGGCUCUGCAGGAACAUGCUGAUGGACCGGUCAUGUGACCUUGUGUGUAUUCUGCUGCUGCAGACUCACACCUGUUCAUGUUUGUUUGUGAUUUAACUCUGACUUAGUCUGUGAUCCAGCAGGUGAAAGUCUCACCUCAAACUUCACUCAGGUCCGUUUUUGUUCCUCUGUGAUAAAUUACACAUUUUUCCAGCUCAUAUCCGUCAUUUAUUCUAGAUUUCCAGAUUCUUGGUUUUGCUUUUCCUCGUCUCACACAAAAUUAAACAAAGACACCGCUCUGCCUGAAGGCGCUGCACAGGAAGGAGCCUCAAAUCCACUGCUGUGACCCCUGCCCUUUGACCCUGUCCUAAUUGUCUGUUUGUGUUGUGGAUGAUCUCUGGAGUGAAGUUUUGAAAGCGUUGUUCCCCUCAGUAAGAGCUCUGGAAUAAUGAAACUCCAAAUGAAAUCAAACGGUGUGUUUUAUGGCUGAGGUCUGGUCUGUGGAGGAUAAUGAAGUUAUUCAGCAGGGUCUCUGAGUGGGUGGCCUCUUUCAGUCUCAUGGGAACCUCGCUCAGUCUGCUUUGAUGUCCCUCCUCCUCACCCUUUCUCACCCCUCCUCACCCUCCUUCACAUGGCAAAGCUGCAGUCUUAAUUCUGUAAUCCUCACAUUUAUAUACUCUGUAUUCCUACAGUUGGAUUAACAUUUUCUGUGUGCUGUAGUAAACUCUCAUUUCCUUUUUUUCCUGCAUCACUGAGCUGUUUUUUAUUUUUUUACUGUCACUGAAUCACACAGAGGGUUUACCGCUGAGUUUGCUCCACUGGGGUUUACACGCACGUAUACAUACACCCAGUUCGCCCCAGGGCAGUCCAGCUUGUGCUGAGGGAUUUAGCCUCCAGUACUGGGAUUGGUAGACAAUGGUGCCCCUCAUGCUCAGCAAUACAGAAGCUGUACAUUUAGUUCAACAACAGGAGUCUGGUGACGAGGCGAAGAGUUGAAGAUCAUCAUAAACAGCACAAUUCAACUGAUAAUGAAGAAUUAUAGAACUGAUGGUUUUUAGUGACCAUGCAUCCACCCCUAGUCUUAAAAUCAUUUUCUUGCAUUGAUAUAUGUACCUCUGCAAAUAAACAAACAAACAAAUAACACAACAUAUCGGACCCCCGGAACAAAGAGAGAAUAAAGCUACUGGAAGAGAAAGAAUUAUGCUUUGUAUUAGGCCUGGGCGAUUUGGCAAAAAAGAAAAAUCACAAUAUAUUUUGUCAUAUCGUCUGAUCUCAAUUAUCACGAUGCCUGUUUUAAAGCAUCUGUACUAAAAACUAAAGAAACUAGAGAUUAGUUCAACAUUGUAUUAACAAAGUAAAUAAUAAAGUAAAUUAAAUAAGAUAAACUUAGAAAAAUAUAAAAAACACUUUAUUUCAAUAGAACAACAAAUAUAGAUAAAUACUAAGUAACACAGUGAAUUAGUUUACAGUCCUGAGUGUUUUUGCAGGUAAAAAGACCCAAAAUAAACAAAUGUCCCCCUCAGAGGUAAUGAAGACGACUUAAAAUGUAAACAUUAGAUGAUGUAAACGUCGAUGAUAUGAUUGAUCGCUCCUUUCUUCUGGUUACUGCAUCGCUAGUUGUAGCUAAACUGCUAAUGCUACUUGUACUGUCAGCAGUGACAGGCUGUACAGACUCAUAAUCACUUGGGAAGAACUUCUUCAGAUGAUCAAACAGAUCUGUUGUGUUGCCGGUUCUGAGGGGAACCGAUCACAGACAAACCUUACCCAUCGGCUUAAUUACUCAACAUCACUUUGGAGAUACAUGAACCACGGACACACAACCGACGUUGAAAAACUUUUCAACAACAACAUCUUCGGAGGAUGACUCAAAGUCAUGGCUGACAUCUGUUUUGCUGCCCUCAGCUCCAUGUUCAGUCAUUCUGUUUACUUCUCCUGUUUACUUGAUCAUUUUAUUAUCCUGUAGUUGUCCUUCAAGUUUUCAAUCGCUCACUCCGCAUAUUAUUGAUCCACACACGUCACACACUUGCUGCAGCUGCACGUAACAGAGGUUCAUUCAAGGUGUUUUUCCAGCAUAUGAACUCACGUAUAAAUCAUUUUUCUUCGAUUAAAAUUUUUUAUGAUCUUGAAAAGCCAAAAUCAAAAUCAUGAUUAAAAUUCGAUUCAUCGUCCAGCUCUAGUGGGAAGGCGCCUCCCCUAAACAUUGAUCCAAUCCCUGUCAUUUGAAUAGUUCAGAGUUCGACUCAAACAUGAAAGAUGUGCUGUCAUGUUAAUCAGUCUCUCUCAGUCAGGUUUCUACUUAAUUCAAACUCUUUAAAUACAAACUGAGAUGAAGUUUAGAGAGUUUGCUUCAGGCCAAAACACAAACCAACAGAGACGGAUUUACUGCUGAGUGUCAGCUCAUAAAUUCAUGUAAGUUUGAAGCUUCAAAAGACGGUGAUGAUUUAGCUCCUGCAGACCGAGUCAGUGUGUGUGUGUGUGUGUGUGUGUGUGUGUGUGUGUGUGUGUGUGUGUGUGUGUGUGUGUGUGUGUGUGUGUGUGUGUUUUACUGUUUAAAAGUUAGUUUUAAAAAACACCGUUGGAGUGACCUGUUCAUGAUGCUGUGAAAUUCUGUUGACUUAGGCGCUCGCUCCGGUCCAAAAGAGGUUCUGUCUUCGCUUGCGUCAACAGUUUGCUCUCAUGAUCUGUGAGUCGGGUCAUCAGGCCUUUCAGCGGCACAAAAAUCCCCCCAAACACCCCCCUUCAGCCCCGUGCCACCCUCCUCUCGUGUCAUCUGAUAUCCUGCUGCUAAUAUUGGCCUCAGAACUGCUUUUGGCUGCCAGCUGUUGUGUGUGAAUCCCGACCAGCUGAGUCACAUCCAGAAUAUUCAGCAGCGCAGCAGAGACUGAUGGAGAAGGCCGUCCGUGUUGCUGGGUGAAAAGGAUGAUUUAUAACUGGAAGCAGUGGGAAUCCACUCUCUGCUCUACAUGUAGUGUCACAGGUUAAUCAGCUCGUCAUCACUCCACCCUGUUAUGAUUUACCAUGAGCUUCAGGGUGCUGCAGGCAUUGUUCUGAUGUUUGGUUGGUGGUGAACAGAGACAGCAGCUCUAAUGUGCAAACACCCUCAGAGUCUCUUUCACACACGCUCUGUCUGCACGCCUCACAGUGUUUGGAUGCAGAUGGACAUUUUUUACCUUUGACCUUCCCUGAAGUCAAAUGUCUACAUGAAGUUUGGAUGAGUUGGUGUGUGACUGACCACAGCAGGUAAAGUCAGGAAGGUUCACCACAAUCAGAUCAGCUGAUUUAUCUUUAUUAAUGAUUAAUUAAUCUUUGUCCUUGUAGUGAGGCUGCUUAAUGACGUCUCUAAAUACAAACAUGUUUCUUUGGAAUCUGUUUUUCUAACCCAGUUAUUGAUUAAAGGAAAAUAAAUGACUUUAGAAUGUCCUCGACCAUCUUGGAUAUUUUGCUAACAUUGCACACAACAACCACACUUCUUCUUCUUCUUCUAAAACUUCUUCUUCUACUUCUUCUUCUCAUUCUUCUUCAACUACUUCUACUUUGUCUUCCUCUUCCUUCUCCUUCUGCUUCUUCUUCAGCUUCUACCUCUUCUUAUGCCUCUACUUCUUCUACUUCUUCUUCUACUUCUUGUACUUUGUCUUCUACUACUUAUGCUUAUCUUCUUCUUCUGCGUCAUCUUCUUCUAAUGCCUCUACUACUUUUUCUUCUAUUUCUUCUCCUUCUUCUUCUACUACUUCUACUUCGUCUUCUUCUUCCUCUUCUACUUCUACUUCUAUUUUUCCCUCUUCUACUUCUUCUAUUUCUUCUUUUUCUCCCUCCUCCUUUUUGUGUUACUGUAGAAAGAUGGUAAAGUUGGUGGCGUCCGUAGAAAGUGACCCGCUCUUGUGUAAAAAUAGAAGGUCAUCAAAAACCCAAACAGGUGUUAUUUUCAGGUGAUCAGACACUGAUGUGAUCAGAGGUAAAAAUGUUAAUGUUUCAUUUCUGUCAAAUCUGUUCUGCUAAAUGCUUUUAGUUUUUUACUCGUGCACCAAAAACAAAAAAAUACUUCAUUGGCAGGUUUUUCCUUUUAAAGGCAGCGCUCGUUAAAUCGAUAGAUGAUAGACGGCUGUUUAAAGUUCAGAAUAAUAGACAUUAGAGAUAAACUAAUCAGAGACAGUGCUUAUAUGAUGUUUGUAUGAGUGAUGAGAUUUGACGCAUUUGUCAGAGGUUGGUGUUCCUUCUUUUAAAAUCCCUCUUAAAACACGUCUGACAAACCGUGUUCCUCUGAUCUUUCUCAGAGACGCUGUUUUACUUCAUGAUUUAUCCAGAUUUACCUCCGUGUGAUCGAAGGUUACAGGUUCAAUCUUCCUCUCUAUCUCUUUAAAUCCACCUGUCAAAGUGACGGUGUAGCUACAGGAGGGUGAAUGUGAUUCGCACUGAUGGGUUUAGUCACUUUGUGAAUGUGUGAAUGUGUGUGUGAAAGAGUGAAAGUGACUGUACUACACUGUUUGUUUAUCAUCCUCCAUUAAUCAUGAGUUACUGGAGGGUAAAAUUAAAAAGCCGUGGAGGGAUGUAGACUCGUAUUAUCACAUGCCAACAGAAUCAGAAGGGGGGGUGAUCAGACAGAAAUACACACACACACACACACACACACACAUAAACUGUGAGAACCGCCGCCGUCAGCAUUAAACUGUAUGUCGGUCAGAGAGCUGGAGCCAGACGUCGUGUGCCGGCUGAUAUUUUUACCUGAGCAGUCUCUGACGCUCCCAGACCAGUGGAUCCAGUUACAGCCCCGUUCCUGAUCUCCCUAAGCCACACCCACAGGGCCUGCUGGGUACGCCCAGGGCGGCGAGCUCGAAAUGUUGAACUUGUUUUUGCCUGAGCGCUCAGAGAUUAAACACGUGCUGAUAUGAGGCGUGUUGGCAGAAUCCGAGGAUGAAUAACAGCUGACUGAGCACUAAUGCACAGUACAGGGCCUGAAAUAUGUGCUCUAAUAAUAGUCCAAGAGGCUGCGGUUGGUGGUGCAAAUGUACCUUUAGAGCAGAGAGACCAAAAAGAUCAGAUAAUAGCAGACUGACUGUUUCCCUGCGGGCAGGUCCGAGUUUCACACUUGGUCUAAGAGAAACAGGAUGAAGGUUUUAAAGGUGGAGGGCGUUCAAUGACUCUCUGUUCUUUGUGCGACUGGAAUGUGAUGCAGAGGUGUGGUGAAGCUGCAAACACCAGCACAUGUUCUCCAGUCAGUGUUGGUUUUACGGUUUUAAUCCGGACCAUCCUCAAACACCUGAGAGACGUCACUCAGGGUUAAAUUCACAGAUUGACCCCGUCUGUUUCUUCUCCUUUUGUCCUCAGGACUCUGAAUCUCUGGACCGUUGCAUCCAGACCACUCUGUCAGCCCUCUACCCGCCCUUCCAGGCCACAUCUCCAACUGUCCUCUGUCAGGUCCUCAGCGUAGUGGAGAGCUGCUACAGAGGAGACGGGCUUCGCUACCUUCUGCACUUCCUUCUGCCUGCAAAGCAAUUCUUAGCAAACCUCCAGCAAGAUGCCUGCGUGAGUGUCCCACUCGGUCUGUAAGGGCUUUAGUGUGGUCCACAGUGGGUGUGAUACCAUAUAAUGUAGAUAUAAAACUGUCUCAUGUUGCACAUAAUCAUCAGCACAUCAUCGGCACCUGGAGAUAACAGCUUGAAAAGUUCAUUAUUGGCAGAUCUGAAAGUUUUUGACAAUAUUCAGGUCAGAUAACUAAUGUAUGUGGAAAUCUUAGAGGUGCCAACAACAAGCUUCAACAUGUCAGCUGCAUGAAGGGUUUUAAAGUGUAGUAAACAGACAGCAAAAUAGCUGUUUGGUAUUCUUGUAAAGCACAGCUGAUGUGAGGAGGAGGAGGAGGAGGAGGAGAACAUCGCUCUGUAACACGACGGUUCAACUGUAUAUCUCCAGAGCAUCACGAGUUUCUGAGCAGAAUUUUGGAGAAAAGCAUCAAACCAGAGAAAACCUGUUUGUGAAGAAAUGAAACGGGCAGAGAGGAACGACCCGACGGCAAAAGAGCUGACAUUCAAAACCACUGAAUCAGACUGAUCAGCAGCCUGUCAGCGAGGGGAAACAUGACUGUUUCUGAGGGAGAGACUGAAACUUCAAAAUCAAAUAUGACACAUACUAUUCAUUAACUUACUGACUGUUUGUAGCCGCCUGUUGAUGCUAUUCUUAAACCUCUGUUACUGUCCGGUCUCUUGGUGCUGCUGCUCUUUGGUCUACAGUAGUUUACAGUUAUUGAUCAGUGUGAUUAGUUUGGGUUCUUCUGUGGCUCCUAUAAAGUGUUGAAGUUUAUAUUGGGCCUUUGUUCAGUCUUGAUGGUUUUAAAGAAGGUACUGUAAGUAUGCUCAGGCUGAUUUUUCAGUCUAAAAUGACUGUUUGGUUCUUAGUAUGAGCUUCACCAUCCAGUUUGUGAAAGUUUAUUUUCACUCUGCUGUCGCUGUUCUCUCAGUUCGAUGUGUCUGCACUGCGGUGUGUUUGCAUGUUCAAAAAAAAAUGAUGAAUGCCUUAGUGUGAGUAAAACUUGACUUUUUAGAUACAUGUAAACAAGUUAGCUGGACCGACGUGACACUAAAUCAAACUUCACUGUCAGACUGAUGCGUCUAGAUUAUGUGGUUGGGAUUGAUUAUUUUUCUCCCCCCCAAAAACAUGACAGUUUAAUUUACAUCGCACAUUUAGGCAACAAGGGAAUACACAUUUCAAAGUAAAGCUCCACCUCUGUGUGAACUGAUUUGGUGUUUGUCUAAAGUGUCUAAACAGUAAAGCUGAGACUCACAGCAGAAGAAGAUAACGAUUAUCUCUCUGACUGUGAGUCUCUGAUCUUCAAACAAGAAGUCCCUGAACAGCAGAUCCUGAACUCUCACUGAUUCUUCCUCCUUGAGCUGUCAGAUACAGAACAAGAGGACACAUGAACUUGUCCUGUGACUCAGGAGGAACUCUCUCUCUCUCUCUCUGAGGAUGACUCAAUCAGACCACUCUCUCUCUCUGUGUUCCUGCCUGUUCCUGCCUGUUGUUCUGAACGCAUGGUUGGCUGAUGUGUCAUGUUUGGUUGAGGUGACUCUGCGGCUUCGUCACUCACCUUUGGGCUGCUGGGCGUCAGCCUCGCCCACAGUCAUCAAUCAAACAAAGGCCAAAGUGUAAAAGCAGGAAGUCAGGGAGCUGAGUUUGAUACUGCAGAUUAGUUUUAGAGCUUUAAUGUCAGCAGAGAGGACAGGUGGCUUUUCCUGUGUGACUCACCUGUACUUACUAAAGUCUGCUGUGAAAUAAUGUACACUGAGACGGGUGGAGGAGAUCAUAAUAAAGAGGCUGUACAUUUGUGUGUUUACAGAGAAGAGGCUAUAUUUAAUCUGCUCUGUAUAAUUGGAGUGUUUGUGCUGCCCACCUGCUGCUGCAAAGACAUAAACACCUGAGAUUAUUUCAGCCCACCGUCCAAUCAGUGAGGCUGUUUGCUUCAGUAUGUACAGAGCCCUUUCUACACAUGAACUCCUGACAUUUUCAGAUCAUUUCAGGACAUUCAGACCCUGAUAGUUUCAGGACGUCAGCUGUUUGUCUGACUCUCAAUCACAGCUGCUCAGUGUUUGGAUGAUAGAUACACCUGCUCAGACUUUUAACACAAAGAGCUUUAGAUCAACAAAAAACAGCUAGAAACAAAAACACCAAACUAAAUAAAACAUAUUUACAUAGCACAUGUCAAAGAUAAAUUUUCACAACAUAUGUACAUGUCAAAAAUAAACAGUUAGAGAGGAAAGAAAAUGAAGCAAAGAGCUAGUUAGUUAGUUAGUUCAUUUAUUGUCCACAAGUGGAAAUUUGUCUUUAGUCUCAUCGUGAACAAAAAACAGAUCAACAGCAACAAGGACAGCAGCAACAGACACAUAACAAAUACACACAAAACAUCUUGGCAGCAAAAGGAGGACAACAGUGGCAUGUACUGUACCUAACAGGCAGAUCUAAGGAGACAUAGGCCUACUAUCAUUCAGCGCCCUGAUGGCGUUAGGAAUUAAUGAGUUUUUGAAGAGGUUACGAUUUGCCGUAGGUACUUGAACUUCUGACUGAACGAAGUAUAACAAACUCAGUGUACAGUGGGUUAGAAGCUCAUCUAGUCCUGCCUCUUCCUCGCAAAUUAGAGUUUUAAAAAUAUUCUAAUUGUAUACAUUAAAAAGAUCUGUAUAAAUACCUACAUAUUAUACACAAAAAUAUUUGCUCAACACUGCAUAGGUUACUUAUCAUAAUUAUUUGCAUAUUACAAUAAUAAUAAUCAGUGUUUUAAUAUUACUUCUAUGCAAUCAAGUACAUUUAGUAUAAAACCAUAUUUUUGUUGGUUCACUGAUAUGAAUCUUUUAACACUUCUUUAUACUUUGAUUUAAAUAUUUUUAUGUUAUUGGACAUUUUUAAAAUGACGUCCAGACUGUUCCAGAGUUUAACACCACAAACAGAAAUACACAGACUUUUCAGAGUUUUAUGGACAAUCGGAGAAUGAAUUUAUGUUCACAAAUAAAUAAAUUUAUAGCCCCCCUCUCUGGUUUUGAACAUGUUUUGUAGGUCACCAGGUCACUAACUUUGUGUUGCUCUGUACAGAACUUGAGCUGUUCUAGAACAAGAGUUUAAAGCGUACAACAGAAAACUGAGCCGUACCCUAACCCUAACUUUAAGUCCUGUAAACUGGUUUUGAUGUCGACCUGGUUGUUGAUCCGUCUCUGUCCUCUGUCCUCUGUCCUCAGCUGCCGUUCUGUGGUCUGCUGUUCCGUCAUGAAGGCUGGCCUCUGUGUGUCCAUGAAAAGGUAGUCGUUCAGCUCUGUCCUCUGGACCCGCGCCUCCUCCGUCCAGGAGACUUUUACCUGCUGGUUUCUCCUCCCGCCGCUGUCCCUCCUCCGCCUCGAGCGCGUGGCGCCUCCUGCAGGAGCGCGGCGACCUCCUCCCCCCGCCUGCUCCUGUGCAGCGUGUCGGCCGGCGGCCACCAUGUGGAGCAGCAGGAGGUGUCAGAGUUAGCCCUGCGCUCCCUCUUCAGCAUGGCCUGGCUGGACUCCGUCAACAGGGAGAAGGAGCAGCGAGGAGCGCCCAGGCUGGAGCGCUGCCUCCUCACCGCCAACGGGGACGUCUUCAGGGUCCCCUGGGAGGACGUGGUCUACCCACAAUUCAUCAGCCGGCCGCAGACCUCUCUGAAGGAGGAGAAGAAGUCAUCAGUUCAAGAUGGAGAUUUGUUCAUUAAUACUUCAACCAAUCAGUGUCGAGAAACCUCAGGACAGGACGUGAAGCUCCUCCCAGCUUCCACAAAAACUGACCAAUCACAGGCCAGCAGCGAUGACUCGGACUCGGAGGGCGAGUACGUGGAGCUGUCGGAGCUCCCUCUGCCCCGCUUCUCCCCUCAGAAAGGAUCCUUAACCCAGUCCAUCAGCCUGCAGCUCCGAGCCAGAACCAGCACCCCACAGAACUCCCCCACGACCACGAAAACCCCCGCCACGCCUCCGACCACCGACACACACACUGCUGCUGCUAACACACAAAACACACACAACACACACACCCGUGAGGAGGUCAGCUCACACACCGAACUGUGCACCAGGCUCAUCGAGGAGAACCUGAACCAGGAUUUACCUGGACCCAUCAUCCUCACCCCCAUCUCCCCCUCCUCCUCCUCCUCCACGGCUGCUCCUCCUGCAGGGGUGGAAACCUCCGACUGUCCGUCUGAGCAGGAGACGUCAGCGGAGCGAACUGAAGGUACUGAUACAGGCUCUGAACCUGGAGAGAGAAGGAGGGAGGAGGACGAGGGAGAGAGAGAGAAAGAGGGUGAGAUAGAAGGAGAGAGAGAAGAGGAGGAAGAGCUGAGAGAGAGGGAGAAGGAGAAGAAGGAAGUGGAGGUGUUAGAUGAUGAUGAUGAUGAGGGUGAGGGCAGGAGGAAGGAUUUAGAUGAUAGGAGGAGUGAGGGUUUACUCCUGCUCUCACAUACAGCUGAGGAAGGAGGUGAGAAGGAGGAGUGUGAAAGUGAGACAGAGGAGGAAGAGGAUGAAGAUGAAGCAGAGGAGGUGGAGGUGGAGGAGGAGGUUCAGUUUAUAAUCGUGCAGCACAGUCAAGAUAGGAGGAGCGAGGAGGUGGAGAAAGGGAUGAGAGAGGAAGAAGGAGAGAAUAGAGGAGGUGAAGAGGAGCACACGGACCAGGAGGUUUACGCACAAGCUGAGGGCUCUUAUUUUGAAAGCGACACACAGCACACACGCUCUGAAAACUCCAACACACCUCCUAAACUCUCUGAGGGCUCUUAUUGUGAAGGAGACUCUCAGCAAAAACUCUCAGAGGACUCUUAUUCUGAAAAGAACACGAUACACUCAUACUAUGAAGACUCUUAUUCUGAAAAUAAUAACCACACACCCUCUAAGGACUCUUAUUCUGAAAAUAAUAACCACGCACCCUGUAAGGACUCUUAUUUUGAAAACAACGUGCACAUAGAAAAACACAAACACUCUGAAGACUGUUAUUAUGAAACGAACUCUGAAGACUCUAAACCACAUCCUCAAGAGUCUGAAACACCAGCCGUGGAUCCGGACCCCCACAGGACUGGACCUGAGGGACCUGAAAACUCACAGGAGAAGCUUGAAGAGGAGGAGAAGAAGAAGGAGGAGGAGGAGGAGAAGUGCUGCUGUGAGGAGGUUGGUGGAGGAGGAAGAACUGCAGAGCUUCAAACUGAAGGUACAGAAACCUGUCUCUCCUCAUCACUCCCCUUUUUUCCUUGUCCUGCUGUCCAUCCCAAAAACUCUCCUCAUUUAUCACCACCUCCUCCUCCUCCUCCUCCUCCCUCCACUCCUGUUCCUCCUCUGAUUGGCUGUCACCAUCCUCAUCCUCCUCCUCCUCUUCGUCCUCCUCUUUUACCUCCUUCCUCAUGCACCUCUUCAAACUCUCUGACGAAAGUGUUUAUUAUAAAAACAAGAAUUUGAUGUUUUUUCUCUUAAUUUAAAGAAAAUGGUGCAAAGACGACAAACAACAUAGAUGACAAACAUAGAUGCUGUUUAGAUUAGAUGCCAGCACCAGGUUUCAGAGAAGCAUUUAUGGUCCUCAGCAUCAGCAGCGUGGGCUAUCAUCUUUCAACAAUUAAAAAUCCAAAUGGCUCUGUAGUGGAAAUCACCGCAUAGGCUCAGAAUUACAUCCAAAACCAUUAUCUGUGAACACAGUUUGUCAGUGUUUCUAUAAAUGCAGGUUUUUCCACAUCAGUGAAGGCUUCAUUAAUGCUGAACAGUAUCUACAGGUUUAGGAGCAGAAGGACUCUGUAGUUUGAGUCACCGCAUGGGCUUAAUAUCACUUGUCCGUUUCGGCGAAACAUCUCAAUUAAGUCCAGUAGUCAGCAGGCUGCAGUAGUGAGCCGGUUAAUGGAUUUUUCUCCUUUACCUUUAAAUAAACUGGGAGUUUCAUCAUAUAAAGAUAAAAGUUCAUUCUUCGUCUGAAGUCAAACAGUUACCAACUCAAGAUUCGCAGGUUUAGUCAGACAUUAAAUCUAAACCAACACCAGCUGAUCGUCUCCUCCCUCUGGCUGUUUACUUCAAACACUUAAUUUUCCUGUCGUCUUCAAACAGCUUGAAAGAGCCGCAGGACGUGUUGUCAGAUUUGAUGGAGUCAGUCCUGCUCAGAAACGGCAAUAAAUCUUUGAAUUGAUCCGAUGAGUUAAAGUGAAACCUCUAAAAUCAUAUGAAGUGUCUGUCUCUGCAGACUGUGCUGAUAACUCUUGAACUAAAGUAAUAUUUGUGUCACAUGCUGAUUCAUAAUCAGGGUUGGUGUGUCUUCUCUUCUCAGGUCUCAACAGUCAGCCUCCUCCUGCUCAGUCACACGUUGAUCUGCCUGAUAAUCCAAGUCCAGCAGAACCAGAACCACUUCCAGCUGUGACUGCGGUCCCAGUACGCUUCUCCCAGUCCUCCAAGUCCCACCAGUCCCACCAGACGAACUUUUACAACGUGCUGCGAAACUCUGCAGCUCUUUGUUUGCCAGGUGAGAAAAUACCUCGGUUAUUUUGGAUGGUUGUGAGCGUCGUUCGGUUUAAUCAGACCUCUGAACAUGAUUCUUCUGUGUUCCUCCUCACACAGGAACUAGAGACAGAAGCGGUCGGCCUCUGCUGACCAUCUGCACCAAGAACCCCGUGUGGUCAAACCCUGACUGUGAGAGCGCAGAGCUGCUCCGCCUCCUGCUCUACUACACCUCCACCCUCAGGUAAGAACAGCUCCAGGUUUACUCCGUAAACUCAACCCUGUAACGUCUCUCUGACCUCAUUUUUGUUUUUGUGGUGAAACAGGAAGGAGGUGAUGGCGUUAGGACUGACGGUGCUGGUGGACGCCCGCAGAGCUGCUCCUCUUCCUGUCCUGUUCUCUGCCCUCAGAUCUCUACAGGUGAGUUUGACCGGAGACUCGUGGAGGUAAAGACAGAGAAAAGUAGGACCUUAUAUUUACUUCAAAACCUACUUUGAACCACAAACUGUCUGUUGGUUCUCCUGUCAAGUCGCCUCCACUUUUAGGUCUUCUCUUUAUAACCAGAACCUGCAGAAACACUGAGAAAACCGAGCGUUCAAAAUUACAAACUAAACGAGGCACCAGCUGCAGAGGAAGAUCAAAUCCAGAAAAAAACAAACUUAACAUAAAGUGGAAAUAAAUCAAAUAAUUUAAAAAAAAAGUGAUGUUGACAUUUGCGAGGGUGGAGUCAGUGUCUCUGACUUUUGCGGUUCGGUGCUGAAAUUAAGUUUAAAAAGACAGAGCGGCUGGUUUUCUUGUAUUUGCAAAACCUUCAGGAGAUCUUAGAGGUCAUUAAGGAUCAUCAAGUCCAGAAUAAUCAGUGAUCUAGACCGGCUGCAGGUCCAAGACCCUGUGGUUUGUGCAGCUGAUGUUACUCUCUGGUCCAGCAGAGGGCGACAGUUGCUCAUUAUUGAAGGGCUCUGGGUUUGACGAUGUCCUCUGUCCUGCUGUCUUCUACCAAACAACAGUUAGACUCUUAACUGUACAGGAACCUCUGAUGAUACAAACUGCAGCCUGAACGGCUGGCAGACCCAGUAAACCUCCAGGCGGUUCACACACAGUCAUCCAGGUUGUUUUGUUUGACACACAGACCGGCUGUUUAUCUUUGACUCCACACAGACACACACAACCCACCCACACCAAACACACACAGACACACCAAACCCACACAGACACACAUCAAACCCACACAGACACACAUCAAACCCACACAGGCACGUUCACCUCAGGAGGAGCCAAUCAUGUGUCAGCGUCGACUUUAUGUUUGAUUUUAAUGUCUGUUUCCAAACUGUUUCCUAUCAAACUUCCCCUGACGUGUUGAGUUCCUUUCCUUUGUGUUUGCAGGAGAACAUCCCCGGCUCCAUCCACUCUGUGCUGCUGCUCAUCAACAAGGACUCGUCUCUGCGCCUGGACAAACCUGCAGCAGCUCUACAGGUAACAUCACACAAACACACACAGUUACACACACAGACACACACACAGUUACACCUUCAGCUCACUAGAUUUUGUUCAAACAAAGUUCACGUGUGUGUUUGUGUGCGUGUUUGUGUUUCAGGUGGAGGUGGUGAACUCUCUGAAGUCGGUUCAGAAACACGUGGAGCUGCGGCAGCUUCCUGCUGAGUUUGGAGGAUCCUUCAGCUUCAGUCAGAGCAGCUGGCUCUGCUUCAGAUCGGUCAGUGAUCUGCAGAGAACUCACAGAAACAACAUGAGCCACGGGGACUUUUUAAGAAAUCUGAGAAAAGUGAAGGUUUUUUUUUACAGAAGCCUGAGUUACUUUAGUCGCUCCUAACUCAGAGUUUCUACUCUUUUAUUAAAGAAAAAAUCUUGUGCAGUGAUUUAUCAAAACCAUGAGCCGACUGAACACCAGCAACCACCAUCUUAACAGUGUUUUUCAAACCUCAGGCCUGAUUUUUACAUAUUUAGGUGCACGAUUACCUUCAUGCCACGUCGCAUCCAUGUAAUUACUAUUGCAAAAGGAGCCCUGACCAAAUACUGAACGUAUAAAUGACAUUACUUAUUUAAAAUCCUUUUCUUUUAGUCUGUGUUUUUAAUAUUCAGGUGUUUUGAGAUCAUAGAUUAUUGAUUUUUGAGAGCUGUAAGUCAUAAUCACCAAGAUUCAAACAAAGAAAUCUUCACUUUGUGUUUGAUGAAUCGAGAUUAUUCAGAUCUUCACUUUUUAAAUUAGAUAAUUUAAAAAUUGAAUUUUUUAGAGCUGCACUUUGAUAUGAAAGUUCCGUUUUAAUAAUUUUUUUAUGAUAUUUUUAUUUCCUGAGGUGUUUCUCCAACUUCUCUCGUGUGUUUGUGUCCAUCAGAGAGUGGAGCAGCUGACCAGACAAUGUGAAGAUGUCAUUAACCUGCUGCAGAAAAACAUCAACAUCCUGCAGUCCACACCUUUACCUGCUGAAGCUCAGGUAAUGAACACACACACACACACACACUGAAACACACACAGAGGUGGAUGUCAUGGUGACGGAGCAGCUCCAUCAAAAACAAACUUCCGCCUCUUUUUCCCAGGAUGCCGAGCUGCAGUUGUCCAGGUACAAGGCGGUGAUGCUGAGCAUUCUGGAGGACAGCCGAUUGGUGCAGUUGCAGCAGGAGGGCGGAGCCUUGUUGUCACGGCUCCGCAGAGAGGAUAGCGGCCUCGGCGAGACUGAAGAUUAUCGGGCGGCGGUGGAAUCGGUGUCGACUCUCUACAACGAGGUGGACGAGCUUCUUCACCGCCUGGUGACGCUGUCCAACUCCAGGACCCAGGAGCUGAACUUCAUCCUGGAGUUCAGCCGACUGGAGGAGGGCUUCACCCAGGUCAGUCAGUCAUGAUGGAGGAACUCGAACUUUGUGAUGAUAUUAACGUAAACAGAUUUAUCAACAUGUCAGACUGAUGACAGCUGGUUUCUUCUGCUGCGCUCUGAUUUCAGGUGAGGUCGUGGCUGGAGGAGGUCGGCGAGGUUCGUCUGAAGAGUCUGAAUGAACCUGAUGAUUCUCUGGAGCUUCUGAAUAAAAAACAACAAGACUUCAAAGAUUUCCACACCACUGCAUACGUACGUCACACACACACACACACACACACACACACACACUGCUGAAGACAAACACGUCGAUAUGAUUCUGACCACUUCUCUUCUCCUCUCCCUCUUCAGGACCACUGCAGACAGGGCGAGGAGUUGUUGAGUCGUCUGGAGCGUUGGAACGACGUGUCAUCAGCUGAUCUGCGCGUCUACGAGGUCAAAGUUCAUUCGUUCUGGGCCAAGCUUCAGGAUUUUUCUCAGCGGGUCAAAAUAACGGGGAAGAACAUCGAACGGGCCGUCUGCCUCUACCGCUUCUUGGACCAGGUACGAUUUCAGUGUGUGACCUUUAAACACCUGAGUAGACGCAGCUCGACCUUUAAUGAAUCUCAGUGUGAUAUCUGUGUUUUUGUAUUCUUAUUUUACUCUGGAUUUAUUGAUAAAAAAAGGGUCUCACUGUGGAUUUUGUCAGUGUGACCACAAUGAUGUCAGUCAGUCUCUGGUUUGGAUGUUUCCUUUAGCAGCUCUGCAGUGUCUCUGUUUCUGCUUCAGCUCUCAGUAUCGUCAUCAUCUUAUCCAGCAGUUUUUACUUUAAUUUAAAACUGGUUUGAAGACUGGCACUACUGCAUGAAUCCAAAUUAACAAUAGUUCAUUAAUUCACACACAGACCCUGAGUGUCAAAGGGAAAGGUGUCGUUCAGAAGAAGAAGUACAGCAGUGUUGAUUUACCGUCAUGUUGGCAGGACAACUGUGCGGUGUGUGUUAAAGGAGAGGAAAGUGCAUGUGAUAAAUAAGAUAUGACAUGUAAAUUUUGGAUCUUAAUCAGAUCAUGAUCAAUAAUUAAACACUGACCUUCCUGGUGUUUCAUGAAAAUACAGUAUUACAUCGAUAUUUAGAUGUAAAGUUGGGGUUAGGAUAUCACAGUGACGCUCUUCAACAGUACUUUUUUACACAUCCGCCAUCAUGAUUGUCAACUUUCUCUUCUCCACCUUAAAACAAAGACUGUCAUGAUCCUGAUAGAGACCCCCGUCUCUGUCUUCACGUCUGUCCGAUGAAGCUUUUACACAUCACCUCCUCCUCCUCCUCCUCCUCCUCAGAUCGUCUUCCUGCAGGGAAACUGACAGCUUGUAUUGAGGCCAAGGGGGGAGGUUUGGGUGAGGAGGGAGGAGAGUGUCAAUAUUGUUUUGUAUACUGGACCCUGCCUGUUGUAAAUGGGUGUGGAGGGGGUGGUGGUCUUUGUCUGUGUGACCCUGAACUGUAGGAGGGAGAGACGAGGGUGUGUGCAAACAUCAUGAUUCGAACAGUUUCUGUCAGGACGUCAUUUCUGUCCGAAUCUCAGAUGUGAUCGGACUGAAACAGGAUCUAAACUUCUUCAGCAGAGGUUCAUGUCACUCUCUCUUUUACCUUCAGAUACUUAAAGCUUGUUUAUCUUCCUCCUUCCUGUCGCAGAGUUUGCUCUGAUUUAUUCGCAUGGAAGAGAAACAACUACGUCACGAUUCAGAUAUGUCAAGAGUCUGAGUUUGUUUAUUUCAUCCAUCUGUGAGAGACAAACAUCUCUUACACGCUCGAUUUCUAAUCAGAGUUUGGUUCAGUGAGUUUGGUCGCAUCAGGACAUUGAGAUAACGUCUAACAGAAAAGUCGAACUGCGUCAAUUCUUCAACAAAAGCCAAAGUCGUCUCACCUUUGGGUGUCAUACAGGCCCACUCACGAUUAUAGAUCCUGACCAACUCGUGUAAUUAUUCCAAUCCACCUUAAUUUGUAAAGUACAUUUUAAAAACAGCAAGGUUACCAAAGUGCUGCACAACAGAUAAAAUAUAAAAAAAGAUCAAAUAAAGUUAGAAAUAAGAGCAUGAUAAAACACCAGGAAAUAUAAAAAUACAAUAAAAGACAGAGACCUGUAAAUGUUCUGCUCUUGGCUUCACUCCUCCACACUGACCCCACAGUUUCUAGAGGGUUUCGGUCUGCGAUCUUAAACUGCCAGAAAAUUUACAUAAAAAUAGAUGAAAUCUGUCGAGUCAGUCGUAAACCUGCUAAUGCAAAAUCUGAACCUAGCUAUCGGAAAUACUAACGUGUUACGAAACACUUCACCCCCCAGUGUGUGUGCGGAUAAAAAAAAAAGUGCUUCAAAGGCUGAAAGUGUUUUUCUGUACCAAGUUAUAAACAUGUUAAUUUUUGCCUUAAAGUUUGGCUGUUUUGAAUGGGUGUGUAUGUGAGUUGUUGUGCUUUUGCAGCCAGCCUCCAGUGGACACUCAGGGAACUGCAGUCUUUAACUUUCAGUGUGGCGUUAUAUCUGUCUCCAAAGAUGACUCAGGGUCGCUGUCUGCGUUCGAUUUUGAUCUUUUUUUGAUAUAAUCAUGUCUCUUAGAUCUGUGACUGAAUAGAAGUGCACAAAUAUAAGAGCUGAGAAGAGUUUCCCACACAGAGGAGACCCGGGCAUCCAUCCUGCUGAAGUCUGUUUGAAAAUCAUUGAUGCAUUUCUGUCUGUUGCAUGAACUUUUACAUGAGAGAAGAGAAAGGAGAGACGUAUCGGAAAACUUAACGACAACUAAUCCUUACGGUGAUCGUUCUUUGGCUGUUUAUAUUUACUCCUCUGACUUUACUAUCGAGUGGAAAAAGAGAUCGAGUCACCUGGACAGAAGGAAUAAAUCAAAAAGGUUAAAAAAUCGUCAAGAUCUAAGUUUUUAAGAGUCGUGAUCUCUUCUCUAAACCUUAAAUCUUAAACUUCAGUGUUUGGUCUCAUCUCCAGUCUGCGUGUUUUAAUCAGUGCAGUGAAGUGACUGUGGUUUAUUGUGAAGUUCACACUCUGAUGAGCACUGACCGCCUGAUAUAUUGACCUGACACGCACACGCACACACACACACACACACACACACACACACACACACACACUUACAGUCUUUCCUCUCAGCUGAAAUCUUCACUUCAUGGAUUUGUCAGAAAGAGGAAAAGCUUUUCUUUAAACGUUUGUGUGUGUGUGUUUUCAUCUGUGUGUGUUUGAGUGUGUGUUUGUGUAGUCCAGGUAUCACUCCAGCGCCAAGUUUUCCCUCCUUCCUCCUUUCACUCCUUUCACCAAGUCUUUGUUGCCGUGGUGACCCACCCUCCCCCUGCCCCGUCCUCCUCCUGGGGCCGCCCAUCUGCCAUUCAGCCUGUGAAUGAGGUGGGGGGGUGGUCUAAAAGUGUGUUUGUGAGUGUAUAGUGUGUGUGUGUGUGUGUGUGUGUGUGUGUGUGUGUGGCCGGCUGCUGCUCUCGGCUCGCUUCAGUCAGGCUGCUGCGCUCCAACGGGACACACCGAGGUAGGAUACACACAUUUGUUCACACAUAAAAACACAUUUUCACACACAGUCGCUCUGAAGUUGUGUUGUUUGGACGUCGUACAGCUGUUUUAUUGUGUAGUUGUGUAGUCGGUGUGUGGGUCUGUGUGUGUCUGUUACAGUGAUUCAGUUGGAUAUGUAGAUGGCGUCAGUUUGACUCCACAUUCUUUGAUUUGAAAGCCGCUCUGCUCUCUCGCCUUUCUCCCUCCCUCACUCUGUGUGUGUGUGUGCGUGCGAGUGAUGGUAGUGUGUGUGUAUGUGUGUGUGUGUGUUUGGCGUGAGGUUAACUUUGCUCCAGCACAAAGUUAAGUGGACCUGAUCAUGCUAACAGACGCUAGCUCCAAGUGUUUUCCUCUGAUGUGAGAAGAUGAACUCAGAGUCCAGUUCAGAUGAAACUCUCCGAGCUCAAAGACCGCCGUUUUAAAUUUUUAGAGACUCGGUUUGUCGUCUUUUUAUUUAAUAUAUUCAAAGUAAAAGACCAUGAACAAAAAAAAGAGGCAUCUGGGAGAGAAUUGAUUGACAUUUAAGCCUCAGAAGGAACUUUCCCCAGGGACUCAGACCCAUCUGAGGAACUCGGGGCUUCAUCAGUCCAGGGACUGAGAUCUGAAUCAGUUUAGUUUCUGUUCUGACAACCAGGCAGGUCUUUAAAAUGUGGACUAGAGUUCUUAGACUCACAGCUCUGUUAGUUUUAUUUACAGGAAUGUAAAAUGUAUUUGGGUGAAGAUGUUAUUGAACCACCAUCUUCUGAAUGAGCUCUUAGAUCACACACCAAAACAAUCAACAAACAACUCUGCUAAAGCUAACUGCUAACUAACCUAAGCUAACUGUGUUGAAUGGUGAACAGAUGGAAAACUAAACAGAUAUACGGAUAAUUAUUAGGGCCCGAGCCGAGAGCACAGCUCUGUGACGGAGCCCUGUUGUAAUCAAUCAAUCAAUAAAUCAAUCAACUUUGUUUCUAUAGCACAUUUAAAAGAACCACGGGGGAAGCCAAAGUGUUGGACAUUGCGACAUAAAAAGAAAUAAAACAAGCAAAGAACAAGAUAGAGCGAGCAAAAAUACAGAAAUGCAGUAAGUAAAUAAAUCUAUAAAUAAGCAGGUUCACGGCAAGUGCUAAGUUGAUAGCAAACAAAAUAACACUAAAAUGUAUUAAAGGCCAAGGAAUAAAAGUGAGUUUUUAAAAGGGAUUUAAAAACAGGAAACGAGGAGGCCCGUCUAAUCCAAAGGGUCCUCGAUUACUAUUAUUUUACGGCCUCCGAAAACGUAAAUUUGACCCCCUGAACGACCUCAAAAACUCACCAAAAAAAGACCCCCAAAAAAGCGAUUAAAAAAUGGCUCACUAGCCCCCCCCCUACAGAGCGCCACAAACGUCGUCUUUUUCCGAUCUGCACAUGUAUCUUAACGAGAUCUUUGAUUUUGCAUGUUUGGACUUUUCUCUCAGACGCACGGUUAAAGAGUUGUUCUGCUGUUUUCAUGUCAUGUCAAACGCUGCUAGUGUUUCCUUUGUCUCCGUCUUGUUGACUUAUUCUGUUCAGGGUUUGAUUGCUUCUGUCUGUGCGUUUCUGCUGUUGGACUUCUAGAUCAGAGUCUGGCGUAUGAUCUGAUGAGCACGCUCAGAUCGUUUUGGUCACUUUAGGACCCACUAAGGUUAAUCAGACUGAGACGUUGAGCUUGGUGUGUUUUUGACUUCAUACUUGAUGAACAAAAACUGUCAGUGUGUUUACAUGAAGUUCUGAGUGAAGCUCCAGAGCAGGUGUCUGACAGGUGUAUGAAGUCUACUCAGCUCGGUCCGUUUACUGAGAACUGCUGGUAGAAAGAGGACACAAGCUUCUGUUUUCAUUUAACAGGGACAAAAAAACAGGAACUUUUGAUCCCAGCUGUGUUUCUGAGGGAUUCAUGUUGUGGUUUACAGAUAUCAGAGUUCUCUUCUGUCACAGACUCCACACUCACUGACUCAGCUGGGAGACGGUGCGUCCUCUCUCACUGAAUCAGGCCGUUUACUUGUUAUUGUUUUCCUCUCUGACAGACAGUGUGUCCUCAGAUCAGCUGAUCUGAGAUCUGCAGCUCUGACUGUCCUGUCCUCUCACAGAAAACCUCGAGAAGUCCUGAACGACAGUUUGUGUUGUGAUGGAUUUUCUCCAGUGGUUUCCGUCACGUGUCAUUACUGAGGAAGGCUUUUUCAUGACUGUCCGGGUCUUUAGUUAAAGGGGAGUUUCAGUCUUUUAAAGCCUGAGUCUGUUUGUCAGAGAGGAGCAGAAAGUUUGGACAUUUAAAACCACAGUCACGCUCAGUACAGAAGGUGGUGAUAUGAUGUUAUCUGUCCAACGCCAUGGGGGAACAUUGUGCACAUGCUUAUUCAGAGUCCUCUUUAGUGGGAACAGGAAGUAAACACUGAUCUUUAACUUUAAAAAACUUCAGGUGUGAUAAAUGAAAGUGUUUAUAAAGGCGUUAGGGAGAAAAGUUCUGUGUUUAAUAAAAAUAUUCACACCCUUCAGACUGAACAAAAACCCUUUUUUUGUGGUCGUACUUCAAACUGGCCCAUUUUCAGCGAAGCGUGCUGCAGCAGCGAUUACAGAGCUGCAGGCUGAAACAAUCCAGCAGAGCGACUCCUGAGCUUUUAAAGUGUUCGUUAAUGAGACUCUUUGAUUCUGAGAAACCAAAGUUUAAAAAGAACGAACCUGUAAGAUCUUUGUUCAGACCGGAUCAGUCUGGGUUUCUCUCAGUCUUUCUCUCUUCUGUUUGUUUUCCUGAGUUUUAACUUCAUGAUCAGAUCAUUUCAGACACGUUUGAUUCUCAAGGUUAAACUGCAGGAGAAUCAGGAGCUGAAGCUGUUUCGUCUUUAUCGUUAUCCGUCUGAAAAAGGACAAACCUUAAACCUUCACAGAGGAACUGACAGACUCAGUAAAUAUGUCACUGUGUAAACUGUUUGAAGUGUGUCCCCCCUCCCCUCCCGUCCUAAAGGUGGAGGACAGACGCCCUCCCCCCUCCUCCUUUCAUCUGGUUUUGGCCUCCUCCUUCCCUCCCUUCCUCUCCUCCUCCUCCUCCUCCUCUUUGGUUCUUUGGUUGACUGCGUCCUGGUCUGGAGUCCUGCAGGGCCACUGUCCCCAAACCGGGGCCCGUCUCGUCGUGGUCCUCACCCCCUCCUCCUCCCCCUCCUCUGUUUCUGCAGCACAAUAACAACCGCAUGUUAUUUUAAUGAGAGUGGAGCGGUCAGUCUUCUUCUCCCUCAUGUUCGUCUGACAAACCAGAGACUCUGGAGGUCAGCUGGGAUUUAAUUGGUCGUUGGUUAACGAGAUUCAUUCAAACUUUUACACCACCGCCGCCAUGACAGAGAUGACACAGCUGAUUUAGUUUCUCAUGAAGCACCUGGAUACUGUCUCUUAGUAAGGGCUCUCCUGAUUGGAUGACAGUGAAUGUCAGGAAUAGUAGAAAAUAAAAUUAUGAAAAUGAAAAAUUAUCUAAUUUUUUAAAAACUUUUGUGAAAAUGAAACAAAAACUAUAGGAUGGGAAAGUUCACCUACAUGCCUACUCACAGACGCUCUACCUGUGUACAUUCACCUGAGUGAGUGGGCGGAGCUAUGAUGAUGCGUUUAAGCGGAGUUCCCCUGUUUUACUGUCCGUUUAUAUCCUGUUUCUGCUGCAGGGUUUGUUUUUGCAGAAAUGACCUUGUGACCGUUACAGUGAUGCUAACCAAGAAACAGACACCGUCACUGAGGACUCCUCCUCCUCCUCCUCUUCCUCCUCCUCCUCCUCCUCCUCCUCCUCCUCCUCCUCUUCCUCCUCCUCCUUUAUUAAGGAAACCUCAUCAUAUAAGCCAAACUGAGCACUUCCUGUUACCUGCUGACACAGAUAAUUUCUGAUCCAGACAUAAAAAACAAACGAUGCAGCCUUUUUAAAAAUGUAAAAAACACCUGAAAUUUUCUGACUUUUUGAAAACACAAACCCUGACCUUGUCCGGACUUUUCCCAGCAGCCCUCAGUAAAAACUCAGCAGAUAAGAGUCAGGAAAAUCUUCUGCACUCGCCUCUGUAUUGUGGAAACAUUCAGUUUGUUACAGGGAUGUUAACUCUGGAAGACUCUGACCUGCCGUGCUGUAGGAACUAAAAACUUCCUGCUGUUGGGUCCACGUGUGAAAACAGUCAACUUUAUGACCUAAAUGUGGUGAAAUAAUCUAAGAAACGUUCAGACUUUGAGUGUGAAAGAGGCUUUACAUUCUUUAGGAGUGUCUGAGCCUUAAAGUUCCUGUCGCCCGCUGGCACAGAAGUCUGAACCUGGAUCAAAAACAGUAAGAGUUAAAGGGAUGAUGUUUGUGUUGUUGAUGCUCAUUAACGCCCCGGUCCAGCUGAACCUGUUUGGACUUAUUUUUUAUUUUUAUUUUAAUUCUGGUUUUCUGAUUUGUAUCUUGAAGAAAAUGAAACCGUCUCACUCACAGCUCCGCUCUCCUGAAAGUGGGAGUUUCUGAGUUUCUGUGUAGAUAAAUGUUGAAGGAAUGUCGAGGAUUUACUGAAAGUCAGAGACUGGUGCAGACUAGUGAAGCCAAACACCAGAGAGGAGGGGGUAGCUGGGGGUCAAAGUUCACCCUCUCAUAGAUUUGUGAAGGUUUCAGUCUGUGCUGCGAUCUGAAAUCAGGUUUAGGAUGAAGGAGGUGUGUUUGUAGAUCUCAGGUUUGUGGACUCUAGGACAGACUCCUCCUCCUCCUCCUCAGGACAGAUGAUUGACAGCUGCCCCCCCCUCCCAUAUCCACACACAAGCAUCAACAUCACUUCUGUAAUUGUAUUAUGUUCAGCUCAUGAGCGUUUCCUCUUUGUGUGUGUGUGUGUGUGGGAACUGAGCGGCUGCUGUGAUCGGGACACAUCAGGCUGCUAAUCAGUUUGAAGAGCACUCAGCGGACACACACACACACACACACACACACACACUCCCAGCUGACCCAGUGGCCUACUGUAGAAGUGUGUGAUGGUCCAUAUGGUUUCAUUGUUGAGACAGCUGACCUCCCGCCCAAACAAACAAACGCCGAGGCGACAAUAAGUACAAUCUCUCCUCAUACAAAGCUGCGUGUGAAGUCUGACUAACGGUCAUACACACUCGUGUCUGUGUCUGUCUGUAUCUGAGUUCGCACCCUGAAGUGACGUCUCUGAGUCAAAAGAUUGAAGGUGUAGCUGUUUCCUGAAACAGUUUUUUAGGAUUUAUUUAACGUUAACUUUCUUUAAUUCUUCUUUCGAGGCUUCAUUGAGUGACAGUUUGGUGGGACCAGGUGAAGGAUCUGUUUCAGGGGUCCCUCAGUGUUUGUUUUCAGAUUUAUUUAACGACCUCUUUUGACUUCCCAUCAGCUCCAGUUUAAGGUUCUCCUCUGUUCACUUUCCUGAUAGUUGAAGGAAAUGAUUCCGGGUCUGAUUUGAAGGUGCAGUGACAGUUGUUAUUUCAGGGUUCCUCAUAGUUUCAUCGUAGAAUUCAACAACUUCUACAGGUCAACUCGAGAGUCUGUUUCAGGUCUGAAUGUUUUAGUUGAGCUUUCAGAGCUCAAAGUUGGUCAACUUCAGCAGCUGUAAGUGUGAGUAUGUAUCUGUGUGGAGAUGCUGAUUAGUGUGUACUUAAAGGCACAGACUUGUGUUACUCGUACCUUUGUCCUGCUGUAUCAUGGAACCCUUUAGCUCUACUUCAUGUGUUCUGAGUUACCAUCUGGGU